CAAAACAAAAAAACAACUGCGUUCUAGAGUGAGGUCGAUAUAGGAUCAAUAAGCAUUUUAACCAACAUGAUGUGUAUACGGCAGCUGAGAUCCCUCCAAGAUGUCAGGUAUUAGUUGUGAGAGUCAGAUUAGUUGUGGUGGGCAGGAGAGCGGCGAAACCCGUCAUGCGAGCGAGCUGUGCGCCCAGCGUAGAGCGAGGCUACAGAGCGCUGUGAACUGAAUGGGAAUCUGUUGGUGAACUUAGACGCACUGCUGUCAGAGAGCGACACGGGGGUCCUGCGUAAAACAAAGUAGCCCGUCUGGGAGACGGGAGCUGACCAACUCCGUGAAGAGGACGCACAACUUGAUUCUUCGAACGAGACGCGGAUCACUUGUUACCGGCGCUACGCUUUCAGUAACAUGCCCGCUAUCAAAAAGGAGAAACUGGAUGGGGAUGAUAUGGCAUUGGCUGCCUUCAACCAGCCCGAAUACCUUGCCCCUUUAAAUGCCACCUCUAUCCCCGUGGUGACCCCUCAUCCGCCGCCGUACGAUCAGAUUUUCGCCCAUCAUCGCGCUUACUUGGGACUACACGACACUGCGCUGCAUCACCAACACCUCCACCACUACACUGAAGACUUAAUGUUGGAGAGAUUCUCCUCCAUUCCGGACUUUCAGCCGUUUUUUGACAACGGGGAGCCCUGCAUCGAAGUGGAAUGCGGGGAGAACAAGGCUUUGCUAUAUAUUAACAAGCUUUGCCAGGGCAGCAAGGGACCCUCAAUCAAAUACCGGGGCGAGUGGCUCACCCCGAACGAGUUUCAGUUUGUCAGUGGACGAGAGACUGCCAAAGACUGGAAACGUAGUAUAAGGCACAAAGGGAAAAGUCUGAAGACUCUUAUGUCCAAAGGAAUCUUACAGGUACAUCCUCCAAUCUGUGAUUGCCCUGGGUGUCGAAUUUCGUCUCCAGUGAACCGCGGGCGCCUGGCGGAGAAGCGCACCACCCCCCUACCCCCGACACGGGUCCCCAAGAAGGAGCUGGCGUCCGCCUUCAGCAGCGACGACAGUGAAGGCAGCGACAGAGCCAAUGGUGACCACGGCGACGUCAAGCAGGAGGAUGAGCUGCGAUUCGGUGUCAUGAGAAAGAGCCGUGACAGUGACCUCACGACGAUCAUCUCCAACCUGCACCACACGCGGCAGACCGGCAUGCCCGAGGGCCAGCCCUGCGGAGAGAUCAACAGAAGCAGCACCGUCGACGUGGGCUCCGCCGCAGCAGAUGAUAUUUUAGGCAAGAGAAGAUCAUACUCCCCGAACAACAGCAGCGAUUGUCCUUCAGAGAGCAAGAGACCCCGCAGCCUGUCUCCUAAAGAAAACUCCCACACCCCUGCGCUGGAGCCUCUGGCCGGUCACAUGACCCCGGAGGAGCACUACAGGCGGAUGAUGUCAGCGCUGAACGAGCACGGGUCCUACGACGAGCAGCAGCAGCGGCUGUACCAGCUGGCCAACAGCAUGGGCGUCCCCAGCCACGGAGACCUGCUGCGUGCUCGCCAGGAAGCAGUAGCAGUGGUGCGGAACCCUGGGGCCAUGGAGGCCCACCUGCCGUCAGCCGGCAGCUCCUCCAGCCAGCGCCGCAAGCAGGGCCUGCCCCAGCACCGCGACGCCCACUUCUCAGAGAGAGAUAUUUCACACCCUCCGCCGCUCCUGUCUCCUCAAAACGCCCCCCACAUCGCGUUGGGACCCCACCUGCGGCCCCCCUUCCUGGGCAUGCCCUCAGCUCUCUGCCAGGCUCCAGGCUACGGCUUCCUGCAGCCCGCCCAGGCUGAGAUGUUCGCCCGCCAGCAGGAGAUGCUCAGGAAACAGAACCUGGCAAGGCUGGAGAUGUCGGCGGAGCUGCUGAGGCAGAAGGAGCUGGAGAACCUGCACAGGCAGCGGCUGCUGAGCGACCCGCUGGGGCUGCACCCGGGCCUGCCGCCCGACCACCCGGCCCUGCGCAGCCUGCACGACAUCCCCGAGGGCCACCCGCUGCGCGAGGAGCUGAGCCGCCGCAACGCCAUGCUGGUGCUGCGCCACAACAGCGCGCCGCUGCUCUCGCUCAACCACCAGGGGGUGCCGGGGAGCACGCCGCCCAAGGAGCCCGGCUCGCGCAAGAGCUCCCGCAAGGGGGCCCACUCCCGCUGCGAGCUGGCUGAGGGCCCCGUCGAGGCCAAGGACCCCCACGGGGAGGGCCGGGUGCGGGACGGGGGAGGGGCGGACGGGCAGGACGAGGAGAUGAAGGACUCGGAGAGUGACGCGGAGGUGGGCGAGGACAGGCUGGAGGGCCAGGCUAAGGGCGACGGGCACGGUGCCGGCGGCGAGCUGGGCCAGGGCAAGGAGGCGGGCAAGCCCUGCGACGGGGCCAAGGAGCUGGGCGAGGCGUCAGGGCGGCUCAGUGCCCCCUGCGGUUCGGCGGGGCCCGCCUCCCCCACCCACCGCUCCUUCACCCCAGGGAUCGGCAAGGGCGAGGCCAAAUACCUCCCUCCAGGCACCAUUCCGCCCCUCCCCGCCCAGACGUUCCCCUUCGGCUUCCCGUACACCAGCCCCUACUUCCACAGCGGCGCCAUGGGAGGUCUGCUCCUGGACGGAGAGGAGGCGGGGCCUGUGGAAGACAUCAGCAAGUGGACGGUGGAGGAGGUGUGCAGCUUCGUCGGCGGGUUGGCUGGCUGCUCCGAGUACACGCAGGUGUUCCGGGAGCAGGCCAUUGAUGGUGAGACCCUACCCCUUCUCACCGAGGACCACCUCCUUAACAACAUGGGCCUAAAACUGGGCCCAGCGCUCAAGAUCCGCUCACAGGUGGCCCGGCGCGUCGGAAGAGUGCUCUACAUGACCGGCUUCCCGCUGUCCUUCCCGCUGCCGCCAUCUGCUCUGCGCCCCCCGGAGCGGGACCCCCCACCGGCUGAGGCCCGGCCCCCCUCCACCGGCAGCGCCCCCUCCCCGUACGGCGGCCUGGCCGCCUGCCGCGCCUCCCCCAAGCAGGAGAACGGAAGCGCCUCCUCGGCGGGAGCGUGCGACGGCAGCAAGCCGCCGUCUUAGACUCAACGCGAGGAGCGGAAAAAAAACAACAAAAAACAACAAAAAAACAGGGACAGCUUUCAGAGUCUGCC